GGCUAUCCGAAAUUCAGUCGUAGUCUGGCGCUCGCACAUUGCUGACGCUAUUUAUUGAGCAUUUGUUUAUAAUAAAUAAAUUAUAGAGCACUAGCAACCAAGGAGCUACCAUGUCGGAGGGCGAAUCAAAGUUUGGCUUCAAGGAUAUGGAGAAGGCGCUGGAGACACUGAAGUUGCUGGAGGAUCACGACAUGCAGUAUCGCAAGCUGACGGUGAGGGGAUUGCUGGGCAGGGCCAAGAGGGUUCUAACAAUGACCAAGGCGGAGGAGAAGCUGAAGAACAUAAAUGCAGCCAUUGGAGUCUUCGAGAAAUGGCUGGAGGAGAAUGGCGGAGGGGCGUCGAGUAAGAAUGCCAAGACCGACAGCGAGGACAAGGUGGAAACGGUCCCUGGACUGGGAUUCAAGGACAAGGCUGCUGCGGAGGCCACUUUAAGCGUUUUGGCGGAGCGCGAUCCGGAUUACCAGAGGUUGGCCAUCAAGGGCUUGAUUGGCAGCUCGAAGCGUGUGUUGUCCGGCACCAAGAACGAGGACAAGAUCAAGGCCAUCAAGGAGGGCGUCCAGGUGCUGGAGGAUUUCCUCGAGAAGUUCGAGGCGGAGAACCGGAUCAAGGAGAACCGUGCCUAUUUGCCAUUGGCCGUGGUCAGCAAGUUGACGGAGUCCAAGGAGGAGGAGGAGUUGGCCAGCGAGUUCCUGGAGGCCUAUGCCGGCUCCAAGGCUAAGGGAAACUACAAGCAUCUGCGCACCAUGUUCCCCAAAAAGGAUGAGGACAAGACUACCAGCUGGGAUAUCAUACGCAAUCGCCAGUUGGCCAAGUUGCUGGAACAGAUCAAGACCGAGGAGGCCAAGCUCUUCGAUCCGGAAUCUGGAGCACCCACCGAUCUCCACCUGCAGUUGAUCCACUGGGCAUAUAGCCCGCAGCCGGACAAACUCAAGCAGUAUAUCGAAAAGAUGGCCAAGAAGACACCGGAGAAACGCAAAAAGGAGGAGAGCCAGAGCAGCAGUGCCAACGAUUCCAGUAGCUCUAGCCCAGAUUCCGAGGAGGAGGAUCAGCCCAAGAAGAAGAAGAAGAAGGAGGAAUGAGCUGGAGUGAGCUGGAGUCAAUUGAAACUACCGAUGCCAUUUGAAACGGUUCAUACAGCCUGUUUUCGCUUUCCCACCCAUCAAAUUUUACUGUAAAGGAACUCGUUUAAAUGAAAUAUUUUUUGAAAGAAUUUUUACCGAUUCCUAAACUGCCAAAUUACGUAGGUUGCGAGAACGAAAACAGGUUUAAUAGUUUAUUUAAGUAACUCAACCUCAACGCAGACUACGAUUAGUGGUGGACACAAAUGGGGGUUUCUCUUAUGUAUCCCCUUCUAUAAAGUAUAUACACAGAUAAUUGUAUGUAUACAUAGGCGUGUAAGUAUAUGCUGUAUGUUAAUAUCGUAUAGUACCUUUCGUUUAUGUCGUCUUAAUGAGCCUAUGCUUUGGAAUCAAUAAUGUACGGUAUUGUCGGGCAAACGACCUGCGGAGGAGCACGGAACUCGACAUGUUUGGCAACUUUAUACUGAGACAUAAAUAAAAAACUACAAAACCA